UCUAUAUAAGAUUUCGCGAAGAGGUGCACAAAAAAUAUUUAGAAUAUUCGGAACGAUAAUAUCUCAUUCAAUAUCCACGGAGAACUGUUCUGACAAUUCUCACUUUAUGGCUCUUCACUCUCAAUGAGAUUAAUAAACAAAAGCAAACAACAACAACGAACGGCCAUGACAAAUAAUAAUUUGAAUUUAUUGAAAUUCUUCAGUUCUAUUUAAGAUUUCGCGAAGAUAACCACUCAAAAUAAACCAUCAGCGGGCAAUGUUAAAAUCUCGUUCAAUAUCGGCGCCUCGGGCGCUAUUCUCUACCAAACAAUAUGCCACAGAGGGCCGAGAUAUACCUCUUACGAAAAAUUGGUCCGAAACCUGGUGUACCCUAUCGGCAGAGUUCGAUAAUGUCCUACCCGAAAUACUGAACAUGGAAAUACGUUCGGAUGAUAUAUUCGUUGUGACCUUCAUAAAAUGUGGCACCACCUGGAUGCAGGAAGCCACCUGGUUGCUAAUGAAUAAUUUGGAUUUUGAGCGUUGUAAACAGGUCCAUGUGUGGGAGCGGAGCCCAUUUUUGGACAAUCACGGUUUCAAUGUGGGUGCCCCCAAUGCCAUUGAAUUUUGCAAGACUGCACCCAGUCCACGGGUCAUUAAGACCCAUAUGCCGGCCAAUUUAUUGCCACUGGAGAUAUGGAAAAAGAAUGUAAAGAUAAUCUAUGUGGCCCGUAACUGCAAGGAUGUCAUUGUCUCUGCCUAUCAUUUCACCAAGAACCUUGGCUCCUGGAAAGGUGCAAAUUUGGAAGAAUUCGCAGAGGAUUUUAUAAACAAUGAAAUUAUGUACACCUGUUUCUGGUCGCAUAUUGUGGACUUUUGGAAAAUGCGUAAUGAAUCGUUUCUGUUUUUCACAACCUACGAGGAGAUGAAAAGAGAUUUGCCGGGAGUCUUGCAAAAGUUGUGUGGAUUUUUGCAAAGGCCACAGUUGACGGCGGCGGAAAUGGAAAACAUGUUGAAUCAUUUGUCGUUUGAAAAUAUGAAGGGUAAUGACCAAACCAAUAUUACGGCCUUGAUGAGGGAGCAGGUUCCUACCAUUAGCAAUGAUUUCCAAUUUAUGCGCCGUGGCAUUGUGGGUUCCUUCAAGGACGAACUGACGCCAAAGCUCCAAAGGAAAAUUGACAACUGGUCUCGCAACUUCUUGGCCCAGCAUGACCUCAAGGAGGAGGACAUUUUUGGAAAGCUCUGAGAAGAAUUGUUUUCAUUUAUCAUUUUCUGCAUAGAAACAUAAGAAUGGUUAGAUUGUAUAUUUCGGUCACGUUUAUCAUUCCUAAUCACAGCUGUAGCAGGCAAACAAAUCAUAAACUCAAAAUAUUAAUUUUGGAAACUGAUAACGAGAAUGACAAGCAU